AUGGCGGCACUCGACUACCACGAUGACCCUCGAAUGAUCGCCUCCUCAGAGAGGAAGAUGGCUAUCGUCGCAGACCUUGAACAUCCAAUCCCUCCCACUUCUCGUUUGGCAGCGGGUUUGUUGCAGCUUCGUCCAACACCGCCCGCUCCAGCAGCUGUUUUCAAGCCUGUGGGGAUCAAGCUGCCCAAGCCAAUGUCUCCGCGCAGCAAGGAGUCUGUGAUGCAAUGUAUCAGGGUUAGCUAUGUCAGCCAUGUGCGUCGUAUUGUGGGCGGCUUGGGCCGAGAGAUUUUCAGUGAUGGCAUCACCACCGUGUUGCCUGGCCGAGCGUGGGUGGUUCCCCUGCUGCUCAGCAGCGAUGAGUGCUCGGACGUCGUCCGCAUGGGUGAAGAGUUUGGGAUAGAGCCUCCCAGCGGAGUUGGAGGAGUUACAGGGCUCCGCACAAGCAAGCGGACCGCCAACUACUGCAAUCCUGAACUUGCAGAGCGGGUCGCGAAGCGCUUGCCCGAGGCCCUCCUUGGAGCUGUGGAGGAGACCAAGCCGUAUACCUGUGUUCGCGGGAUCCAUCCCAACUGGCGCAUAGCUCGCUACGAUGCUGGGGACUUCUUCUCGGCCCACUACGAUCAGGCAGACUCUUUGACGGUGCAGGCUGGAGAGGGAAAGGAGCGGUAUGACUCAAGUCACACGCUGCUGAUCCUGCUGUCCCAGCGUGGCGAGCUCCGGGGUGGCAAUACACGACUCUGGCCAUCAGGAAGCUACGAUGACACCGCCAUAGAUGUGGAGCUUCCUCAAGGCUACGCCCUGGUCUUCGAGCAUCGCUUGCUUCACGCCGGGCUAGCCAUUCAAUCGGGGACGAAGCACAUCGCUCAGGUCGGGAUCCUGCGAGGAGCACCCCAUCGUGUCAGCGGCCCACCCUCGAUCUUUCGCUUCGGGCCUGGGCUGACCUACUAUUGA